UUUUCACAAAUAAUAUAUUGUUUAAUUUUUAGGUUUAAAGAAUGUUCUUGUGUUGGUUCACUUUAUUUAAUUAUAAUUAUUGUUGCAAACUAUAGGAACAUAUAUUAUAUAUUGAAUUACUGAGCCGGUAUGAUUGUCGUCAGGAAAUAAUAGUCCAGAAAUUUUAAUAUAAUGUGGCGAAGAGAUAAUAAGUUCCCAGAAAAUGGGUUUGAGGCAUGGGGUGGAUAUAUGCAAGCUAAAAUUAAUAAGCUUGAAGAACAGUUUUCUUCCAGAGCUGGAAAUGAAGCGAAAGAGAGUAAUAUUUUCAAUGGUGUAAGUAUUUAUGUCAAUGGGUUUACAAUACCAUCUGCAGAUGAAUUAAAAGCUCUUAUGGCUAGCCAUGGAGGAGUCUAUCACACUUACCAAAGAAGUGACGACUACAUAAUUGCUUCUAAUUUACCAGACACGAAAGUAAAAAACAUGUCCCUAACUCGAGUAGUGAAGCCUGAAUGGAUAACAGAUAGUAUCAAGUUCAAUAAAUUGUUGGACUAUAGACAAUACUUACUAUAUCGGAACUCCGUUACACAGCCACAACUAAAUUUCAUGAAAAUUGCUAAAAAUGAAAGGUAUUCAGUUGAAAAUUCUCUUCAGUUAUCAAUAAAUGAUAUUGAAAUAGAAAAUAAGAAUAAUUCUGUGAAAAAGGAAGAAAAUAAGGAAAUAGAAAAUAUUGUUGUUUCAGAUGCAACAACUGGCAAUAUACAAGAAAUUACAAAUAUUAAUAAUUUAACUUCAAUUGUUCAACCAAAAGUAGAGAAUGAUUCUAAGUUUAAUAUAAAUGAGAUUAAUAAAAUUAGUCAAGUCACAAAGACAGCAGCUGAUCCUAACUUCAUUUCCGAAUUUUAUAACAAUUCAAGGUUGCAUCAUAUAUCACAACUAGGUGCAUGUUUCAAGCAGUAUGUAAACGAUCUUAGAGAAAAGAGUAAUUUUUUGUUUCCAUUACGUGCUAAGAUGAAGGAAGGAAUAUUAUCAUCAGUUGAGCAAUCCAAAUCAUCACAAUUAAAUUUUGAAAAAGGAAAAGUCAUUAUGCAUAUUGACAUGGAUUGCUUUUUUGUAUCGGUUGGAUUAAGAAAUCGACCAGAUCUCCGUGGUAAACCUGUUGCAGUUACUCAUUCCAAAGGUGGACAGUUCAGAUCUAAGAGAUCUGGUGUUGAUAGGAAUACAGAGUUCAAGUUAUAUAGACAACGGCAAGCUAAACAAAUUGGUAAAGCAGCAGGAAUACCUGAAGAUGAAGUAGAAUUUGAAAGUAGAGUGGAUAAUGUUGGAGAUGAGGAUGAUAAAUAUGGUUCAUUGAGUGAAAUAGCUUCAUGUUCCUAUGAAGCUCGUGCUAAAGGCAUUAGCAAUGGUAUGUUUAUGGGGGCUGCUUUAAGACUAUGUCCUGAUUUACAAACAAUACCUUAUGAUUUUGAUGGUUAUAAGGAGGUGGCAUUUAGUUUAUAUAACACCAUAGUACAAUAUACAUUGGACAUAGAAGCAGUAUCUUGUGAUGAAAUGUAUGUAGAUUGCUCAGAGCUAUUAAAAGAUAUAGAAAUAAGUGUACAAGAUUUUGCAACAUAUUUACGGACAGAGAUAAAAAGUAAAACUGGCUGUCCAUGCUCUACUGGGUUUGGUAGUAAUCGUUUACAGGCUAGGUUGGCGACAAAGCACGCCAAACCUGACGGCCAAUUCUUUUUAGUUGCUGAAUUAGUUGAAGAUUUUAUGUUUAAUAUCAAACUCAGAGAUUUGCCAGGCGUGGGAAGGCAAACAGCACAAAAAUUAGAGUCCAUAGGACACCAAACUUGCGGUUCUUUGCUAUGUUUAUCUUUGGUCAGUUUGCAACAGCAUUUAGGGAACAAGACAGGAUCAUUAUUAUAUGAUCAGUGUAGAGGACGAGAUCCCAUUCCAUUAUCCUUUUUUACUGUGAGAAAGUCUGUUUCAGCAGAAGUCAAUUAUGGAAUCCGAUUUGAAAAUAAUACACAAUGUGAAGAAUUUUUGAAGCAAUUGUCUCUUGAAGUACAGAGUAGAAUGCACCAAUACAAAGUUGUAGGAAAAUGUAUAACUUUAAAACUUAUGAUUAGAGCUGAAGAUGCACCAGUGGAAACAGCCAAAUUUUUAGGACAUGGGUUUUGUAAUGUUAUUAACAAGUCAUCCUCAUUAAAUAAUGCUACAAAUGACUCAGAUGUUAUAAUGAGAGAAACAAUCUUGCUAUGGAAAAAGCAACACAUUGAUCCUAAAGAAAUGAGAGGUGUGGGUAUUCAAAUUACAAAAUUAGAAUCUGUUAAUUUUAAACCAUUAAAAGGUACUAUAAAUAAAUUCUUAUUAAAUGUUAAAACUAAGACAGAAAAUAAACGUGAAUCUCUAAAUAUUCCACAUGGAUCUGAAUCAGCAAAUUUGAAUCAAUGUAAACAGGAACUUAGCAUAGAGAAUAAUUUAAAAACUACUCUUGCCUCAGCUAAACAGAAAUCACCUGUAAGCGGAUUGAUGAAAUCUCCAUUACGGAAACGUGGAAGACCACCAAAAAAUGCGAAAGGUCAUAUUCCUUCAAGAAAUCUUGUAGACAAUUUUAUAAAAGGAUCACUUAAAAAAGAUACACCUUACAGGGAUCCAAUGAUUAAUAUAGUAAAUCACGAAAAGGAAGUAAUUCAAAAGGAAGAGAAAUCAGAAGGGUUACUUAGACUUCCAUGGGAAAAAAUCCGUGAGUUGCUAAGAGCUUGGUUGGACAGCGGUCAAACACCGUUGCUAUUGGAUGUCAGUAUGGUAUCUGAAUACAUGUGUGAAAUGGUCGCAAACAGAAACAUUGAAAAAUUGUAUGUUCUAGUUAAGUUUUUGAGAAGAAGAACUAGUGAAAUUGGUAGUGAAGCCUGGAAAGAAGUUUACAGGAGUAUCAUUGAAAAUGUGCAAAAUGCUAUGAUAGCUGUUUAUGGUAGCCCCUUAUUUAUAGAUUGAUAACUUCAAUAAAACAAUUCCAAUAAUGUCAUAUAUUUAUUUUAUUAUUUUGAUAUUUUUUCUACAGACAAAAACAAUAUUUUAAAGUUUAUUAAACAAAAGUUACUGUAUACACUGCCAUUGUAAGCAAUUUUAUUUUCAAAAAUUUGGCAGCUUCACAAAUCACAGCAGUAAAGAGUAAUAUAUCGCGUCAAAGUUACGUCUGACAAUAAUAACUUUUAAAAUAGUUAAUUUUCAUAUUCAAUCAAAAGAUGCCUAUCUAAUAUCGUAUCUUGAAUAUUAAUUACAAAUUGAAGACACAUGGUAUACAUUUAGUUUGCAUGGCAGUUAGUAUCACUAGAUAUUGAUAACUGAUAAGCACUUUUAUAAAUAGUUUUAGGUAGGUAUAUAAUAUUUGAAAUAUAUUUACAGAAGUAUGCAUAGUGAUCUGACGUUUUGUGUAAAAAUAUAUAAGUAGUACAAUUUAGAAUUUAAUAAUAAUUUAGGCACUAUCACAGUUGCUUAUUGCAAAUAAAAUUAAGGUUCAUAUUCACACAGAAUUUUACAAUUCAAAUUGCUAAAUUUUACGCAUUAGGCGGUUUGUAAUUUUUAAAACCCAUCGAUAUUGCAUAAGUACCUAAUGUAAAAUAGAUGUAGUUUCAGACAUACUUCGAUCUAGUUUCUUUGACAACUAUUGUUUAAUUUCUCUUACAAGUAUUGUGCAUGAACUAAUAUAACUAUAGGUACUUUAAAUAAAAUCAUGCUCUUCAAGCUUACAGCUUUGCACCAACUAGAAACUAAAUGCAUUAAGGACAACCAUUGCUAAUUACAUUAAAAGUACAAUAUACCUAUAGGUAAAUAAUUUGUGACACGAGGCAGAAAAAAAUACAUAAUUUUAAUAAAUUAAAACUCAUCCCAAGUAAUUUGUUAGUAUACAAACAUGUAAACGUUAUUUACACUUAGUUGGAUCCGUAGACGAUGAAAUUUAUAACAUAAAUAUAAUUAAUUUCGCCAAUUACACAAAAAUGUGCGUUAUCUGUUUGUUUCAGAAUUGUGGCAACAUUUUGGCUGAAAUAUUUGGUUGGAUAUUUUGUUUUAUACCAGUACAAGAGACAAAAUAUCC